AUGCCUAGCCUACGCAAGAUUCUCAAGUAUCUCUUCGCCCUGGGCCCCGUUGUCAGCGCCUUGCCCGCGCCUGUGCCAAAGCCUGGGUCAGUGUUGAAGCCAUAUCCGAGAGCACGCUUGGAUGUAAGACAGGCUGCCUCGCAGGGUUUGAACGAUGUCGACAUUCUUCAAUUUGCGUUGACUGCUGAGCAUCUUGAAGCAACAUUUUACCGCCAGGGUUUUGCCAAGUUUCCGGCCAGCGAUUUCCAGGCUCUAGGACUGAGCGACGCCAGCAUAACAGCUCUCCUCGCCGUUGGACAGUCAGAAGCUACGCACGUCUCGACACUGCUUUCCGCAAUUGCAACGGCUGGGUUCGAGCCUGUCGAGCCUUGCGUGUACAACUUCGGCUUCACCGACGCCGCCGGAAUGGUGGCCACUGCACGCAUUCUUGAAGCCGUCGGUCUUUCUGCCUACCUUGGAGCUGCUCCUCUCAUCAACUCCUCCGCCAUCCUCAGCGUCGCAGCUACCAUCGCAACCGUGGAAGCCCGCCAUCAGACCUUCAUCCGAGUUGCAUCUAGCGCUGACCCCGUCCCUGCCGCCUUCGACACGCCUCUCGGCCCACGCGCAGUCUUCACUCUCGCCGCGCAAUUCAUCACCUCCUGCCCUGCUGGCUCUAACCUCGCCAUCCAAGCCUUCCCUUCAAUCGCGCUCCAGAACCCUAUGAACGCCGUCGCUGGACAGAGCUUGGUGCUUGCAGAUGCCUCCCAGCCUGCUGGCGCAACAAAUUGCGCAUUUAUUGGCCCAACCGGCACCCAGUUCAGCGACCUCACAAACGGUGCGUGUGUCGUGCCGCAGGGCCUCGGAGGAGAGACAUACAUGAUGGUCACAAAUGCGCAAUCAAUCGCUGACGAGGCUGUUUUGGCUGGCCCAUCCGUGAUCCUAGCCUCAUGAUCUUAAUAGCCGACAGCCGCCAGAUUUUCAUUUCUCGCGUAGCAUUGGCAUGCAUGGAGGCGCAAGUUAUUUUUCUAUUCUAUUUUAGAGGGAGAGUGACGGGCUGGAUGCGAGAUGAGCCGCCGCCACCAACGCCGGUACCAAUACCCCCUGGUUGGAGUUGGAUUUUCGAAGGUCAGGAAUCUUCUAGAGCUGGGGCGUGGUGGAUAAUUAGGAUUGGUGGGGGGUUGAGAUGGGUUCGGAGCUAGAUGACUCGAACGCUUAGAUGCUGCCAGUAAUGAUAUGAUAUAUUUACAAACUCU